AUGUCACAAUACAUACCAAGUCAAUUGGUUUUUUCAGACGAAACUGCUUAUGACAGAAGAACAUUAUCACGUCGUUAUGGUUGGAGUUUUUCAGGGCAGCGUGCUCAAAAGCAUACAUUCUUUGUUCGUGGAAGAAGAUUUACUAUAGAAGGCGCACUGUGUACUGAGGGAUUUCUAGCUUAUUGUAUUCAAGAAG